AUGGGUGCUUUGGAUGGCAUGUACGCGGUAUUAAAUUUUAAAGACACUUUGGGUCUAACAAGCGACAACCCAAUGGUCGUCGGAAUCGGCGACUAUGGCGGUGCCCUUGCCACAGGCUGGGCUGCCUCUUUGCAGCCGACGACCUAUGCUCCAGAGCUGGAAAUCAAAGGCUGGGUGCAGGGUGGCACCCCAUCAAAUCUCACAGGCUCACUGGUCUUCAUCGAUGGCACAAAAUUCGCUAGUUUCUUGCCCACUGCCGUUGUUGGAAUUUCCACCCCGAGCACUUACGGUGCUUCAUUGGCCCCAGUCAUCGAUAGGGUUUUGACAGCGAAAGGCAGAAAGAUCCUUGACUUCGCUGCAUUUAACUGUGCCGUUGCAAACCUGCUGAAUCUUGCCGAUCAGUCGCUAUUCGACACUAGUCUCCAAACCCUGGGCAGGGGUCUCCUCGACGAGCCCACCGUUAGUUACGUCAUGGGCCAGAACACAAUGGGCGUGAACCAAACGGAGACCCCCACGGUGCCCGUCUUUGUGUAUCACGCUACCAAAGAUGGGAUCAUCCCGUAUAGCAACGCGUCGACCAUGGUCGAUUCGUGGUGUAACAAUGGAGCCGAUGUCAAAUUCACCACUUUCGGCAACGGGGGUCAUGCAACCACCAAGGUCAUCGGCCUGCCGGAUGUUGUCAAGUCCACCGAGGCUGCUUUUGCUGGGACCAUUGAGAGCAGCUGUUCUGCCAAUACCGAAUUGAAUAGCCUGCUCAACCCUAUCGCUCUUGGAGUCGAGCUGGAGCCUAUUCUUACGAUGCUGCUCCAAGUCUUGGGUGAAUUGGGCAAGGGAUAUUUCAAUAUCAAGCAGAAUCUCAGCGUACUUCAGAAGAAUGUUUCCCCAUGA